AUGGCGAAAGCCGUCUUUGUCAUUUAUAUUAUUGCCUGUUUUAUUACGGCAUCAUUGGCAUAUAAAGAAGAAUGUGCUGUUGGUCCUGCAUAUUGGUGUAAAUCAUUUGAAAAUGCUCAAGAUUGUGGUGCAUUACGUCAUUGUACCGAUACAGUUUGGCGUUAUGAUGAAAAAUAUACAAAAGUUGAUUCAUCAACAACAUGUGAAUGGUGUCAAAAAAUUCUUGAAAAUACUCACAAAGGCAUUCAACAUUUGACUAAUAAUGAGGAUUUAAUUAUAUCAUCAUUAAUGAAUGGAUGUAAAUUAUUUCCAUUGUCAAGUGUUUCAUCAAAAUGCACAAAUGUAGUUGAACAUUAUGGAAUAUCAGUUGCUUCACUAAUGAAAAAUAAACGUUAUGCUACAUUAUGUUAUUUGAUGAGUAUUUGUUCGAAUGAACCAGUAACAGAACCUUCAACGACGGAAAAACCAACGAUUCUUGGACAAAAACGAUGUACAUGGGGUCCAUCAUAUUGGUGUUCAUCAUUAAGUAAUUCACGUGAAUGUAGUGCAACAGAUCAUUGUUCAAAUAAAAUUUGGUCACAACAAUCAAUCGAAAAGAAACCAAAUGAUAAUAUUUGUCAAUAUUGUGAAUUUACUAUUCAAAAAUUACGUACUCUUGUCGAAAAUGAAAAAAUCGAAAUGAGUGUCGAAAAAUGGUUAUCUGGCGCUUGUUCAAUGUUACCAACAAAAGAAUCGAUUGAUGAAUGUGUAGAAAUGAUGAGUCAAUAUGCAAGAGAAAUUCUUACUUUAAUUAAAACUAAUAUUGAUCCUGGCGUAAUCUGUCAUUUGGCACAUAUGUGUAAAGAAGCAACAAUUAUAACUCGAGUGGAAAUUAACAAUAAUAAACCAGAAGAAAAACCUAUUGUAAAUUUUGACAAUAAUCAAAUAAGUGAAAUACCUAUUGAUGAACAAUCAAAAAUGUUAUGUAAUGUUAUUGUUCGUGCUACACAUGAUCUUCAUAUUAAUCAACAUAAAGAUCGAGAUGAAAUUCAAAUAUUUUUAAAAGAUGAUUGUCAAAAAUUAUCAACAGACGAACUUAUACGAAAGUGUGAAGAUUUAGUUGAACAACAUGGUAUUGAUAUAUAUGGACAUGUUACAAGUAAUAUUGAAUUAUCAAAAGUUUGUGAUUAUAUGGAUAAUUUUAUUGAUCAUUCUGCUCUUCAAUCUCUUCCAAAUGUACAUUGUGAAUUAUGUACAUUUGUUUUAAAAACAUCAAAAUAUAUGCUUGAUGCUAAACAAUCAGAAGAUAAAGUACUUCUUUAUAUUGAUGAACAAAUAUGUUCACGUUUUACUGGUAUAGCAAAGAAAAAUUGUAAGAAUAUAAUUGAAAAUAAUGGAAAAGAUUUAAUCAAUAGUAUUCAAUGUGAAACGAAAUCAAUGCUUCUUUGUACUCGUUUUCAAGUUUGUAUUGAUCAAGUUCUUGAUAAAACAAGUUCAAUAGAAAAAAAUGAAAUCAAUUCAUUUCUUAAAGAAAAUAUUUGCGAAAAUCUUGGAACAUUUAAAGAUGCUUGUAAUGCAUUUGUCGAAAAAGAUGCUAAUGGUCUUAUGCGUACACUUGCUAAUGAUAUGGAAGGUGAUGUACUUUGUCGUAUAUUUGGAAUGUGUCCAAAGAAAAUGUCAUUUCUUGAUAAUUUGGCUGUUAAUGAUGAUAAAAAUAAAUGUCAACGAUGUAUUGAUGAUUUUACAAGACGAAAACAUAUUGCUGAAAAACUUGUGAAUCAUUCAUCGGAAUUUCUUCAUCAUCUCUGUGGACAAUUACCUGACAAAGAUGAUUGUCUAAAAGCAGUUGAUGAUUCAAUAAAUGAACUUGUAAAUUUCAUUCGAACAUUGGAUCCACAAGAUAUUUGUAUAAAAUUAAAUUAUUGUAAUUCAACAAUGUUAGAAACAAUUGAACCAAUUCGAAUUAGUUCAACAGAUGAUUUAAUAUCAUCUUUAACGAGAGAUACACUCAAUUGUACUCUAUGCAAAUUGGCAUUUGGUAGUAUAAAAAAAGCACUUACAACAAAUACAACGGAGCAAGAAAUUAUUCAAUAUAUUAAAGUUGAAGUUUGCUCUAAACUUGAAGCAUUUACAGAAUUGUGUAAUAAAGCAAUCGAUGCUGAAGGACCAGCUAUUUUAACAAUGAUAUCAAAAGAUAUUGAUCCAAAAAAAGCAUGUGCUACAAUGGGUAUAUGUCCGGAAAGUUCUGCAUUUGAAAAUUGUAAUGAUAAAUGUGAAUGUUGUUUGGAUAAAAUUGAAAUUCAUGAAGUACAAAUUACUACAUUUUUGCGAUCAAUUGUUGAAAAUAUAAAAACUUUAUGUCAACGUAUGCCAAAAUCUGAUAAAUGUCUUGAAAUGACUACAAAAUUUGAUUCAAAUGUUAAUCAAAUUACAUCACGUUUUAAUGCUAAACGAGUUUGUCAAAUUUUGAAUCAUUGUUCAAAACUUCCUGUUGAAGUUGAAAGUUUAGCUGAAUGUCAAACACGAAUUGAAUCUAAAAAGAAAUUUCUUCUUUCUUCAAUAUCAACAAUAAAUCAAAAUCUUAAAUCACUUUGCGAAUAUAUUCCAUGGAACAAAGAUUGUUAUUCAAUUAUUGAUCGUUCAACAUUAGAUGUUAAUAACAAAGUUUCACAAUUAAAUAGUGAAACAAUUUGUACAUCAGGUCAAUCAUUAAUUGAUUUAGUUUGUAUUAAAAAUAGUCCAUUUGAAAAAUUAUGUAAACAACUUGUUGAAUCAAAUGAAAAUAGUUUACGCAUGGAAGCUUUAUUUAAAUCAAUGUUUAAUCAAAAUGGACAUGUAGAAAAAGAAUUAUGUGAACUUGAUUCUGAACAUCAAUCAUUAGAUUGUAAACAAUCAUUUAAAUUAGAUAAUUGUAAAGAUAAUUGUGGUUGUUGUGUGGAAUUUUAUACAACAAAAAAGAAUUAUGAUUUACAAAUGAUUGAAACAUUACGAAGUGGACUUUUAGCUAGUUGUGAUUGGAGUUUAUCAAAAGAUUAUUGUAUUUCAUGGUAUAAUCGUGUAUGUGAUCGAAUGAAAUCCAAAGUUGAUCAACAUAUACCAACAAAUUAUUGUAAACAAAUUGGUUAUUGUUCUAUUGAACAACAAAUAAAGAAUCAUGAAUGUCAAAUAGAUGGUGAUAAAUGUAAAUGUUGUACAAAACGUCUUGAUUCUCGUCAAUAUCGUUUUCGAACAACGGUUAAUGAAGUAACAACUGCACUUCUUUCUUUAUGUACUGAUGAUGAUUGUCGUUCGAUUGUUCAAUCAGCACAACAACAAUCAUUAAAUCAAAUAGAUCAAAUUCAUUCACAAACAUAUUGUCAACGUUAUGGUUAUUGUUCAUCAGAACAUUCAUCGCAGUCAACACCAUUUCUUUCACGUUUAUUAAUAAAUUCUUAUCAACAUAUUGGGUCAUCUAUUGAAGCUUUAGAUCAACGUUUAGAAGCAGCUUUAUCAAGUGAUAUCUGUUUUAAAUAUGGACAAUUACGACCAAUGUGUGAACAUUUGAUUGCAUCACCA